AUGCUUCGUGUUGGCUUGGGCAAGGCCAUGGGCGUGGCGGUCUCACAUGCCCCGCGGCCGGCUAUGGCAGCUCUCCCGCUCUCGGGCUCGAAGAGGCUCACUGGCUCAUUGGCAGCCUCGCUGGUGGCCUCGGUCCGCAAUAUGAGGCCGAUGCUUGUGCGGCGUGCAAGCAGUGGAGCAAGCGCUGGGGCAGAGCCUGCAGGAGAGCCCGAGAGAGAGCGUACCGCAGAGCUUGUGGGCGAGGCGACCGAGGCGACGACGGUGGUGGCAGCUGGUGAAGAGGCGCGGCGGGGAAUGGCUCCGGACUCGGGCUUGUGGGAGACGGAUGAGGAAAGCCGGGCGCGGAUGGCGAUGUGGGAGCGUGCGUGGGAUGCUACUGUGGCGCCUGCGUGGACGGCGUUUGCAGGCUCGGAGAUCGGGCGGGCGAGCUUGGCGGCGGCGCGGUCGGUCUUUGACUCGCUGUUCGAGUACAAGCCGCUGGGUCGGGGCCGGCCGAUGGGCUUUUCGCCGGGCAAGGUCAAGCUGGACAAGGGCCGGCUGUUUUCCAAGUGGAACCUGCCCAAGGCACUCGAGUUUCUUGCCCUGGAGCUGCCGCUGCCCAAGUUUGGCUUUGAUCUCGCGCCGCCGGUUACCGAGGAGACGCUGUUCCGGUUCAUGGCGUCGAUGCAGGAGUUUGGCUCUGUCUUUUCGCAUGCGCGUGACACUGACGAGAAGACGCGACAUCUGGUACUGGCACGAAUGCUGCAGGAGGUGCUCACGCCAUACACCCACCUCUCGAUCAACAUCGGCAAGAAGCUGGCGGGGCGGUACGCCGAGGGCCCCGUCCAGUUUUCGAUUGGCCCACCGACGUUCCCGCCACACAUGCCGGCGAUUGUGGUCGUCUCUGCGCCGCCGUCAGGCUUUGACAAGGCGCGCGGCAUGCUGUUUGUCCAGCUCCACGCUGCCUUUGAGCGCAACACCGUCAACCGCAAGUACUACGACCGGCUGUUUGGCGUAGUGACCGACACCCGGCACUGGUGGUUCUACAUCUACGACCCGCUCGCCCACCAGUUCUAUGAGUCGGAGCUCAUUCUGGUCAACGACUUUUUCGACACGCCCAGCAUCGAGGCUCUGCUCUGCGCCCUCAACCAGGUCAUGGCCGAGGCCAACGUCAUUGUCUCGUCGAACCGGGUCCAGGACGACGAUGUCAAGCAUGCGGCUGAGGCUGCGGUCCAGGCCUUCCAACCGUUUGGCGGCAAGCGGCAAGCACUGUGAGAUGCAGCUGCGUUUACGGGCCAUCCGGCGCGGCCUCGGGCACAAGCUUGGCGACGAGGACGCGAAAGGCGGCCUCGACAUCGUCGUACGACUGCGCCGAUGUCUCGACAUGCGGGCACGACCAGUGUGCAGCGAGAGCGGUGAUGUCCGGCUGCGAGACGACGCGAUCCACUGAGUCUGUCUUGGUGGCGACAACAGCCUUGGGCAGGUUAGCCACGUCCGGCCGCAGCGCCAGCAGGCCCGUGUACUUGCUAUUGACAGCGUCAAGCGAGUCCGGGUUGGUCACGUCGACAACAAAAAUGAGCCCCGAGGCCUGCUCGACGUACUUGUUGAUCUCUUUGACGUACUCGUCCGAGCCACCACAGUCGACAAUCGAGAUGCGUGCCGCAAAGUCGUCGAGCACAAAGUGCUUCUCGUAGCCAUCGACAAUGGUCGGCUGGUGGUCCGUCGGGAACUCGUGGUAAACAAGCUGCUGCGCCAGG